CGCCCGGGCUGUUGCCCCGUGGCCCUGUUCGGCCUGUAGGGGGAGCUGAUCUCCCGGGGAGGCCAUGCCCGCCGUCAGCCUGUUGCCGCUCUUCGGUAGUCCCGCGGGCCCGAGCGCUUUGGGCGGCUCUUUAGGCGGGGGGCCCUUGGGCGGGCCCGGAGGCAGAAAGGUCCCCGGCCCCAGCGGCGCCUUCCGCCUGACGGAGAAGUUCGUGCUGCUGCUAGUGUUUAGCGCCUUCAUCACGCUCUGCUUCGGGGCCAUCUUCUUCCUGCCCGACUCGCCCAAGCUCCUCAGCGGCGUCUUCUUCCACUCGACCACCCUGCAGCAGCAGCAGCAGCAGCCGCCGGCUCCCGCGCAGGGGGAUCAGCGCGCACCGCAGCCACAGGGAGCGGGCAGCAGCAGCAGCAGCACCGGCUAUGGAGUCGGGGCCGGCGCUGCAGAAGAAGCAGCGGAGAACUUAGCCAAGAUCCGCGAGGACCACGAACGAGCUUUGCGGGAGGCGAAGGAAACCCUGCAGAAGCUGCCCGAGGAGAUCCGCAGAGACAUCCACCAGGACAAGGCGAAGUUACUCCUCCAAGACAAGUUGGGCAGGAGGGAGUCGGCGGGCCCCGGCUUGCCUGACUUGCCAUUUCGCAAACCCAUCGGAGCCGUGGGAGCGGAACCGGCGGACCCCGUCAUCCGGCAGAAAAGAGCCAAGAUCAAAGAGAUGAUGAAACAUGCCUGGGAUAAUUAUAAACAUUACGCAUGGGGAUUAAAUGAACUGAAACCCAUAUCGAAACAAGGACACUCAAGCAAUUUAUUUGGAAACAUUCAAGGAGCAACAAUUGUCGAUGCCUUGGAUACACUAUAUAUCAUGGAAAUGAAAGAUGACUUCAAAGAAGCCAAAGAAUGGGUGGAGAAAAAUCUAGAUUUCAAUGUAAAUGCAGAAGUUUCUGUUUUUGAAGUGAAUAUCCGUUUUGUUGGUGGCCUGCUUUCAGCAUACUAUCUUUCUGGAGAAGAGAUAUUUCGGAAAAAAGCAGUGGAACUAGGAGAGAAGUUGCUUCCAGCCUUUAAUACUCCCACAGGAAUUCCUUGGGCAUUGUUAAAUAUCAAAAGUGGCAUUGGUCGGAACUGGCCCUGGGCUUCAGGGGGAAGCAGUAUUUUGGCAGAAUUUGGAACACUGCAUUUGGAGUUUAUACAUCUAAGCUACUUGUCUGGAAAUCCAGUGUUUGCUGAAAAGGUUAUGAACAUUCGAAAAGUUUUAAAUCGGCUGAAUAAACCAGAAGGUCUUUACCCUAAUUAUCUAAAUCCUAACAGUGGUCAAUGGGGUCAACAUCAUGUCUCCAUUGGUGGGCUUGGAGAUAGCUUUUAUGAAUACUUGCUUAAGGCUUGGUUGAUGUCAGACAAGACAGAUGAAGAAGGCAAGCAAAUGUAUUAUGAUGCUGUUCAGUCCAUAGAGACUCAUCUGAUCAGGAAAUCUAGCAAUGGUUUGAUGUACAUUGCUGAGUGGAAGGGUGGCUUGCUUGAACACAAAAUGGGUCAUCUCACUUGUUUUGCUGGAGGGAUGUUUGUUCUGGGUGCAGAUGGAGCACCAGCUGAUAAAACUGGACGUCACAUUGAACUUGGUGCUGAAAUUGCCCGCACAUGUCAUGAGUCUUAUGAUCGCACAAGCAUGAAGCUGGGACCAGAAGCCUUCAGGUUUGAUGGUGGAGUUGAGGCAAUUGCUACCAGACAGAAUGAAAAAUACUAUAUUUUGCGGCCUGAAGUUAUAGAAACCUACAUGUAUAUGUGGAGAUUCACUCAUGACCCAAAGUACCGGCAGUGGGGCUGGGAAGCUGUUGAGGCAUUAGAGAAAUAUUGCAAAGUAGAUGGAGGCUAUUCUGGUGUUAGGGAUGUUUACAGCAACCAUCAAAGCCAUGAUGAUGUGCAGCAGAGUUUCUUCCUUUCAGAAACGCUCAAGUACCUAUACUUAUUAUUCUCUGAAGAUGAUCUUCUUCCAUUUGAUCAUUGGGUCUUUAACACUGAGGCACACCCUCUCCCAGUUCUCACAAGAGAAGAAGAGGAAAAAAGAAAAAGCAAAUAAAAUAAUGCUGGAUUUUGUUUGGGGCACAUGAUAUAGUUAUUAAUAUUCCAGAAUUGUCAUUUUUUUUUAGUUUUGAACCAUUUUUUGCAGUCUAUCUGUACAAUAUUUAUCAAGGGACCUAAACUAAUUAAUUAUAAUUAAUUUUAUUUAAAUUUUGACAGGAAUAGUAGUCACUUGUCAUCUCUAAAAAAAAUUAGGCUGCAGUGUGCAUCUGGCCAAAGAGGUCAGCAUGCAACUUGGUUUUUAUUUUAUUUUUGACUGCAAAAUUCUUUCCUCCUCUGUGAGGAGAUGUCUGCUUUAAGCUGUAAUACUUUGCUGUGUUGCAAAAAGCCAUAAAGAAUUAAAUAUGAAGAGCUUUUUCUUUUUUAAUCUGUGUUAAUGUGGUUUCUCUGAUCACUAGAGACAAAUCUAACUGUGACAGCCUCUUCUUAUGCGGGUCUAUCAUUAAUUGGUAAUUUGAAUAUUUAAGAAGGUGUACUGUUUAUGAAAAUUACAUAAGAUUAUUUUCAUCUUAUCUGUGCACAUUAUGUUAAACUAUGGCUUGUCUUGAAAGGAAAUGCCUGGAUUCUGAAAACCUUUUCUAAUACAAUUUUAGAACAUAACUGCAAAUGAAACCUAAGCACCAGUAGAUUUGGAUAUCCAAUUUUUUCUGUUCCUAUAUUUAAUUUCACAAGCAGCCACCAAACAGAAGCUGCCAUUUGGACAUAGCAUUACCUAUAUGUAGUUUGAAACUGCAAUUCUCAAUGUCCUCUCUUAGUGCAAGUGGAGCUUCAACAGAGUUUGCAUUAGAAGGCAGAAACUUUUUUCUGUAAAUGUUUAAUAUGAGCUGGGUUGAUUUAAUAUGUGAAACCCUUCAUCUCUAAAUAGGUUUUUACCCUAUUUAGAGAUUGAGACAAGCUAAUUCUCUGUUAUUGCCAUUUCAAACAUUCCAUUGAACACCUGGCAGAUACCAGGAACAAUGUUGUGAAAGUAUGAUGAGAAUAACGUCUCAAAGGUAUCAUGUUUAGAAAUUAACAUUUCAGCUUCUUUACUCAACUUUUGACAUAUGAAACAGACAACUAUUGCUUUUAGUGGUUUGCUUAAAUAAAUCUUCUACUCGCCCUUGUUAAUGAAAAUGACAAAUGAAAUGUUGUUUGAUAUGGCCUGGCCCAAUUCUGUCAUGAAACUGUUCUUUUUCCUGCUUACCAUUUGGGAUGCUUCUGUGAGCAAAAUGGUUUUAAUGAAUGAUAAUUAAACAUAUCUACGGGGUGAUGUUGUAUGAUCAGUCACUUUUAACAACUUCCAUGCACAAAGCAGAAUGGAAAUUGACCAUGUUGUUAGAGAGAGAAUUAUUAUAGAAAUUUAAAAGAUUGGGGUCAAAGUUACAUCAGUUGCUUUUAAAACUCUAUUUUGGCUAUCCAGUCCUAAAAGAUACAUAGAAUAGCAGAGUUGGAAGGGGCCUACAAGGCCAUCGAGUCCAACCCCCUGCUCAAUGCAGGAAUCCACAUGUACCUUUGGCCCUGUUCAGAAGAUAUCUUAUGAAACCAUGGCUUUAACCAUGGUGAAUAAAGCUGUGGUUUAAGGGGUCUUCUGCACAGGUCCUUUUAAUAUUGCACACUUUGUACACCAUGUAGCUACAGUGGCAUCCUGUAAGAAUCUGAAACAGGUUAAAACUGUCAUUCUGGUCAUCGAUGGCAAACUUGUUUAUGCUUUCAAAUAUAGAGCCAUGGGUUUGAGCUAACAUAAGUGACUUCUUUUGUGCAUAAAAUGAGCCAACCGUAGACACAACCCAGUCGUAUAUCAUCUGCAUCAGUUUUUGUCCAGUUUUCCAUAAUGCUGCAUCACAACAUAAUUGAUUUUUCCAUGCCCUACAAUAUUAGUCAUACUAUAAUUCUAUUGCAUCAUUAUGGUUCCAUUAAGUACAUAAGAAUGAAAUCCAUUACCUGUGAUGUGGCAAUCUGAAUGAGAACACCCAAGCAAUAACCUCUUUCCCUUAACUUAGUUUUCAUCUGCUUCCUUUUCUGUGUCUCUCCAUGCCAAGUUACUUAAACUGCUCCCACCUACCCUCCAAAUUUGCAAAGCUAUUCAGAAGAAUUAGGCAUGGCAGCUUGAAGAAUCAGAAGGGAACAAAAAGUGAAGAGCCAGCAUGCAUGCUUGUAUCUCUGGAUUACAGCUAUUAUGUAGGAUUUGGCUCAUAAAUUAAUGCUGUUUAUAAAGGCAUAACUUGAUUGUUCAAGAUUGUGAUUCAAAUAGUUCAAAAUGCCAUUGGGGUGUGGCUCCUUUUGGCCAUCAAAAAGCCGUAUAAAAAGCAUAAUCCUGACAGUGCAAGCUUUUUAUCUUAUUUAACUAGAGCUAGUGCCAGCUUCUGAUUUUGGAUUCGUACUUCCUAACAUCCUUAUCCAGAAACUCCGUCAAAUUUAAAGAAGGUUUUCAUAUGUUGAGCUCUUGUGUUUUUGUGUUUGCUUAAUUCUUUACACAUUUAUGUAUCUUGUUAAAAAAACAUUACAAAGCUGUUUGAAAGCCUGAUAGGCACACACACACACAAAAAACAAUUUUGUGGUAAAUUGUUAAUCUAAAAUUACUUGCACUCUUCCUUGUGAGAUAAGAAAUGUGUUGUCUCACUUUAUCUCAAUGUCUAUUUUUCCUGGUGGGGACAUUGGGGACAAAUUCAUUUCUUUAUGUCUAUGUAAGUGUGACAGAAAGAAAGCCAAAUGUAAUUCAAUUUAAUCUCUUUUAAAAUAACCCAUACCUAACAUAUUUAUUUUCACGUAGGCACUAUAGUUUCUACUGGUCGCAGUAAUAUGUUUCUCAGACAACAGUAAAUAUUCUGUUGUAUCACACAAAACACUGCUAUGGUUAAAAUCAAAGUAAGAUUAACUUUUGAAAUUAAAUGACCUUAAAUUUUUGAGCAAUUAAUAGUGGCUUCUGUAGUUGUACAGUAAAGGAAAAGAUCUGCAGUACAUAAACAUGUUCAGGAAAUAGGAUCGAAAUAUACACUGCUGUAUAGGGUUUCUCGUCUUGUAAUUUGGCAUGAUAUAAGUCUACUGGUAUUGAUUGACAAACCUGUUUUUAAGGUAAAUGCACUUUUCAAAAUUACUUCUGUAGACUAAUCAUGUGCAAUGCUGUUGGCUGGAGAGCAACCACAUCUUAAUUUGAGAAUGUUGCAAUCUGUAUAGCAGCUUUAAUUCAGCAAUGAUGACUUGUGUCCAUUUUCUAAGCUUGGUAUUGUUUCAAAUGAAGCACCACUGUUUACUUUCUGUGGAAGUUACUAUUGAUGUUGGAGUUCAUGAUGCCAUCAUGGCUUAUCUCUCCUCAAGAUCCUUUCCACUAAAAACACAUGGUAAAAUACCAGUCUGACAAUUCCACAUUAUAGCUCCAUGCACCAACAGUUGUUUCCUUGCUUCAACCCACUGCUAGUACCAUUCACUCCAGUGAGCAUGAAAUAUCCCUACCCCUGUUUGAGAUUCUACAAGCGGAAUAAAUAUCAGUCAAAGGGCAGGAGUGCUUUCUCUGAAUGUUUUUAUUUCCUAAGACUGAACCAAUAAAAAUAGCAGUGUUCCAUGUUGAUCAAAUAUGGUUUUCAGUUCUCUAAUAUAGUAAUCCAUUUCUGCCUUCUGUGUGAAGUCCUCCGAGCCUCCAUUUGGAUAUGUUGUCUUGUUGUAUCAAGCCUGGUUUAAUCAAUUGCUUCUCCCCCUUGCACAUAAAUCUAGAACAUUUCGUUUAAAAAUUUCCAUAGAUCCCUACUUCACCAGUACCUAUAAAAAGAUACUUAGUUCAGAAAAAAUGUCCUGAUUUUAAGGCCAGACUCUAGAGAAAAAUGUCCAUUUACUUAAUAGACUUUUGGACAUUCCAAGAGUAUGCUUAUCAUUAAGUAGCCUUUUGAAGAAAUGUUCUGCAGGGAUUUAGCAUCUGAACUGUUGAAGGUCUUCAUGCAUAAAAGUGUCUAGUUCGACUAAGCAAACCUCAGUGAAAUAUUUAACCCCUCAAACUAUGUAUUGGUUCAUUUUUAAGAACCGACUAAUGGCAUAUGCGAGGAAUUCCAAGUUUGAUUUUAAAAAAUAGUCUAGCCACAUUACCUAAAGCAGGGUACUCUACAUAUUAAGCAUCCUGUUCCCAAAAAACAAUAAAAGCUUUUUAAAGAGAGUUCUUUACCCUUGUCGUUUAUUCGUUCAGUCGCUUCCGACUCUUCGUGACUUCAUGGACCAGCCCACGCGAGAGCUUUCUGUCGGCCGUUGCCACCCCUAGCUUCCCCGAGGUCAUGUCUGUCACCUCCAGAAUAUCAUCCAUCCAUCUUGCCCUUGGUCGGCCCCUCUUCCUUUUGCCCUCCACUUUCCCUAGCAUCAGGAUCUUCUCCAGGGUAUCCUGUCUUCUCAUUAUGUGGCCAAAGUACUUCAGUUUUGCCUUUAAUACCAUUCCCUCAAGUGAGCAGUCUGGCUUUAUUUCCUGGAGUAUGAACUGGUUUGAUCUUCUUGCAGUCCAAGGUACUCUCAGAAUUUUCCUCCAACACCACAGUUUAAAAGCAUCUAUCUUCCUUCGCUUAGCUUUCUUUAUGGUCCAGCUCUCGCAGCCAUAGGUUACUACGGGGAAUACCAUUGCUUUAACUAUGCGGACCUUUGUUGUCAGUGUGGUGUCUCUGCUCUUAACUAUUUUAUCAAGAUUUGUCAUUGCUCUCAUCCCAAGGAGUAAAUGUCUUCUGAUUUCCUAGCUACAGUCAGCGUCUGCAGUAAUCUUUGCGCCCAGAAAUACAAAGUCUGUCACUGCCUCCAUGUUUUCUCCCUCUAUUUGCCAGUUAUCAAUCAAGCUGGUUGCCAUAAUCUUGGUUUUUUUGAGGUUUAACUGCAACCCAGGUUUUGCACUUUCUUCUUUCACCUUCGGCUCCUCAGCUCCGCCUCGCUUUCAGCCAUCAAAGUGGUGUCAUCUGUAUAUCUGAGAUUGUUAAUGUUUCUUCCUGCGAUUUUAACUCCAGCCUUGGAUUCGUCAAGCCCAGCUCGUCGCAUGAUGUGUUCUGCGUACAAGUUGAAUAGUUAAGGUGAGAGUAUACAGCCCUGCCGUACUCCUUUCCCAAUCUUAAACCAGUCCAUUGUUCCGUGGUCUGUUCUUACCAUUGCUACUUGUUCGUUAUACAGAUUCCUCAGGAGGCAGACAAGAUGACUUGGUAUCCCCAUACCAUCAAGAACUUGCCACAGUUUGUUAUGAUCCACACAGACCCUACUCUAAGUAUUACACAAAUAAUACUUAAUUUGUGGUUCAGGUUCAGUUGACAUAUUUUAUUGCCUAAUAAAUGGAUUAGCCCCCUUUUUUGUUGCGCAAGUCUAGUGUGUGUCCCAUCAAGGCCUCUACUACCAUUUUGAAGAAUCCUGACUCAGUGUGUGAUACGGAUAUUGUUCUCCAGUGACAAAUCUAUACCUCUCACUAUAUACAAUGGGAAAAUAAGUUUAUAAAUGCAGCAAGAAUUGUACUGGAGAUGCCAUUUUCUUUCCCCCAUGGAGGCAAUUCAGAGACAACUUAACUGGGUGUUAUCUCCUUAAAGUUAUCUACACAAAUGUUUCAAUGAGUUACAUAUGGUUAUUUUCUCAUGGGUGUUAUUAUUUGAAAGAGCACAAAGUUUCUAUGGUUCUAUAACAUACGGUAAUCAGGUUGUGUGUACAAGCUGCACUAUAAUGUACCUUUUGUAAAGUGAUGUAAGUAGACAAGAAGAUUGUAUACCGUGUAGAAUUGCAAAAGUAUAAGAGAAACAUGUUUUAUAUCUUCAAAAGCAGUGAUGUUGUGUUUACCACAGAAACACCAAAGUAUAAAACUUCAGAGUAGAUCAACAUUUGAAAAAGGUGUACCUACAAUCCUGAAAUUAUUUAUUACAAUAGCAUAAAUGGUUUCAGAAUUACCUUUUUGUAUUGACUAGCAAUUGUCACGCAACCAAGCUGGAAGUAACUCUGUUGCCCUUGACAUUCAUAGGAGAUAACUGUGGGGUGACUGAGCUAAUGCUGACCAAUGUAGAUGUCAUUUAAAAUUAAGGCAGGUUUGGUUUUUUAAAAGUUUCUCCCUGUUUAGACAGUGUCUAAACUUCCAUUGCUCUUCAGCAUAUCACAAUGCAGUUGUUCAAAUAUAUAUAAAAUCUUGGAAAUUACUAAUUUAAAUGCCAUGUGUGUUGUAUGACAGCUCUAUGAUCCCCAAUGACACCUUGUUGAUAUGGUAUACUUAUCAUGCAGUCAUUUUGUGUACUUAAAAUGUUUCAUUUUAAUUUGUGCAUUUCCCACUUAGUCUUUUUCCACCUUUAUAGAAAUCUCUGAAGUUAUAAGAGAUCAAAAUGUUUAAUUUUUAAGAACUAUAUUUGUAAAAAAAAAAAUCUAUUGUGAAUAAAGCCUUUUAAUACAUCCUUUUA